AUGAGUACCAGCCUGAGACCUCGCAGCCGGCAGAGGAAACGCUACCAGGACACGCUGAAGGCAGACCUCGAGGAGACAGAUGCCGGCAUCCGGAGCGGGGAGGAGCUGGCUGUCGACUCCUCGGGCACCGCAGCCUCCACCAAGUGGCAGCCCGUUUCGAGGCGAAGCGUCUCGCUCUCGAAGCAGAGGAAGGAAAAGUUCACGGCCAGCUCAGGGCAACCCUGGUCACGGAGCUUGGCUGAUUUGGCCCUGGUUGCGGGUUCCCGCCCAGAGAGCCAGUAUGGCUGGCACUUAACAUGGCUACUCUCAACUGUCUGGGCCGGUGUGCUGAGCUGCAGCGGAGGCGCCAGGGAGGAGCGACUCAGGAGAGAAGAGGAAGAGCUGAAGAAGCGGAAGUUGCAAGGGGCCAUCAACCAAGCCAAGCUGAUGGAGGACUUCAAGAAGCAGAAGGAGAAGGAGGUCCUCCGGCUACAGGAGGAAGCCCAAACCUUCAUCACUCCCGAGAACCUGGAUGAGCGGAUCGAGCAGUGCCUGGACGACCCCCAAAACUACAACUUUGCCAUUGACAAAAAGCAGCGCAUCAUCAGGCACACUACCCUGUCCUAGGAGUGCCGCCUCCACCUUGGCCUGGCCGGGCAGUGCAGUGGCAGGCUGCCCAACGGUUUCCGUCCAGGUGUUGAGCUCACGGCAGGGAGGGGGCUUCCUGCACUGGGGACACAGAUCAGCCAGGGGAUUCUCAUUUGAACAAAUGGCCUUCGGUGGCCAUGUGUGGUUCCUGUCCUGAAACAAUCUCACCUGCUCCCCGGGUCAUGGCCCUUCCCUUCAGCACUAAUCGCUCGUAUCUGGGAAAUAAAGGGAUGCAUUUUG